CAAACUAAAUCCCUACGUGAAUUACAUUCGCCCACGAAACACAGCCAAGUGUUUUGCGGAGGGAAGAAUCCUCGAAGAAACCCUCAUGGCAGAGGAGAGACACCGUACCAUUGAAUGUGAGAGAAGAUCGCUUAGACCUUAGUUUCCAGACGUGUCUCUCUGACAAAUCGUACCCACAGGUCUACGGCGGAUCAGACACUGCAGCAGACAGACUGGCGAAAUUUUGCGGGGCGGAGCUACAGACAGCGUCCCCCCUUCACGCUGUCAGCUCCUCAAGUAGCACUGCACAUUUGACCUUCAAGGGUGCAGCGGAGCCUGGAACAGGAUUCCGACUAGCGUAUUCCACAGAUAUUGAUGAGUGUGUAAACCACCAAUGUCAGAAUGGCGCGACCUGUCUGGAUGGCAUUAAUGAAUAUUCAUGUAACUGUGUCUCGGGCUUUAAGGGAACUCGUUGUGAGGAAGUGGAUGACUGUGCCAGUGCACCUUGUCAGAAUGGUGGUAGUUGCCAAGAUGGUGUUGGGAUGUUCUUGUGCACAUGUGUGGCUGGCUAUGAAGGAACACAGUGUGAAAUUGAUACGAAUGAGUGUGCCAGUUCCCCAUGUAUGAAUGGUGGCACCUGCACUGACCAAGUCAAUGGAUACUCAUGCUAUUGCCCAGGAUACAGUGGCUCGCAAUGCCAAACAGACAUUGACGAGUGUGCUAGUAGCCCAUGCCGUGAGCAUGGAACUUGUGAGGACCAGAUUGACGCAUAUGCCUGCCACUGCCAGCCAGGGUAUGUGGGUGUCCACUGUGAGACAGACAUUGACGAGUGUGCCAGUGGUCCCUGCCAGCAGGGCUCGACCUGCUUUGAUAUGGAGGAUGGAUACCAGUGUGUUUGCCCACCAGGCUAUGAUGGAGUCCACUGUGAAAUCGACAUAAAUGAAUGUUCAAGUAGACCCUGUCUCAACGGUGCAUCAUGUCAUAAUGGCAUUGAUGAAUACAACUGUAGCUGUGCAGCUGGCUAUGAAGGCAUCAACUGUCAAUCAGAUAUUGAUGAAUGUGCCAGCAGUCCGUGUCAGAAUGGUGCAAUAUGCGUGGAUGCUGUUAAUGGCUAUUCCUGUAACUGUUCCCUGGGCUACAGAGGAGUUCACUGCCAAGAAGACAUUGAUGAGUGUGCUGGUAACCCGUGCCAGCAUGGCUCGACAUGCAGAGAUGAAGUCAACCAAUACCGAUGUGCCUGCUUACCAGGCUACGAUGGAGUUCACUGUCAGAAUGAUAUAAAUGAAUGCGCAAGCAAUCCGUGCAAACACGACGGGACAUGUGUUGACCAAGUGAAUGAGUACAAAUGCAACUGCAAAGCUGGCUUAAUCGGCCUGGACUGCCAAACAGAUGCUGAUGAAUGCUCCAGCGAUCCCUGCAAGAAUGGAGCAACAUGCAAGAACCUGGUGAACAGAUUUGAAUGUCACUGUGCAGAUGGUUACAUCGGGGAAUACUGUGAAGGAGAGGAUAUCGAGGCACUGUGUGCAGGUGGUCCGGAUGGUAUCGAGGGGAGUGGCUUGGUGUGGGAUGAAACCAAACCUGGUGAGACCAACAUGAAGCCCUGUCCAGAGGGGACAAAUGGUAAUGCGUCUCGCUGGUGCGAUCUGAAAGCCAAGUGGAGCAACCCUGACUUGUCACAGUGUGUCAGUCCAGCCUUUGCGGAGGUCAGCGGGAAGGCUGAGCUUCUGAAAUCUGGUAAUGCAAGCGCCACAGAUGUCCUGGACCUGGCCAACACCUUGCAGAACCUCACCCAGAUCCCCAGGCUUGAGGAAGGGACAGGGGAUGGCAAGCAGAUCAUCUACCCGGGGGACAUGGAGGUAGCUACCAAGAGCCUGGGCCUCAUUUCUGAGGUGGCCAUGGGAUCGGUAAAGGGGCUGGAUGUCAGCACUGCCAAAGAUCUCACCAAGGCAUGUGCAGGGACUAUCAACAACGUGGUCGAUGAGUCUCAGAUUUAUGCCUGGAAGAACACUAACAACCCUGAAAAAGUAGCCUCUAGCGUGACCACCAUGAUCACUUCAGUAGAAAACAUGGCCAGUGUCGUAAGACAAAAGGCUGAGCAUCUGGACUCAGAAUCAGAUGACUCUGCCUUGAUGAUCAAGGACAAGAACUUAGAGCUCGAGAUCUCUGUGUUCCAAAGCAACGAUACCGACCUGCAGGAGGAUUUCUUGGAUGGAGCUGAAGAUCAACAGGGGGAGGACGGCCUCCCACUCAGUCAUAUCAACUUGCCUGAAGACUUGCUAGAUGCUGUCAACAAUCAAAGCAUCGGCUAUAUUGGUGUCAUGAAAGCCAAGUUUUCAUCUGUGGGAGAACUGUAUAGUCUGGGAAGUGACCGUAGUGAAGACCAAGACAUCAGGAAGGGCUAUGUCAACACCGACGUUCUUUCUCUUAAAGUCUUGGGAGUAGGGGAGAGCCAUUUCCAGAAUCUGGAGACUCCCAUCAGGCUUGUCUUCAAACAUACAAAUGAGGGUGUUGAUGCAGUCCAAACGAGUUGUGUCUUUCUCAAGACAACCAAAUCAGCUGAGAACCUUGACGGGCACGACACAUGGGAUGUUGAAGGAUGUAAAGUAGAGUCCACCAACAAGACGCACACUGUUUGCCUGUGUUGGCAUCUGACCAACUUUGCCAUUCUCAUGGACAUUCAUGGCAGUCAGGCCAAUUUGCCCGAAGGUCACAACACUGCCCUAUCUGUCCUGUCCUACAUUGGUGGCACCCUUUCCAUCUUGGGCUGCUUUUUCUCCAUCGCCAUCUACCAGUUCUUCAGACUGAAAUCUGACCGGAUCCGAGUCCACAUGCAUCUUGCUGCUGCCAUCGCCAUUUCACAGCUGAUCUUUCUAGUCGGCAUUGAGAGGAAUGAAAUUGCUUGGGUGUGUAAAGUGAUCGCUGUAGUGCUACACUACUGCCUGACGGCCAUGUUCUGUUGGAUGCUGGUGGAAGGUAUUCAGCUGUAUCUUGCCCUAGUUCACGUCUUUGGCUCCUCCAGUCACAUCAAGAAGUACUUGUUGCUUGGCUGGGGUGCUCCACUGGUCAUUGUCGGCAUCUCGUUUGGAGUUUUCUUCAAGGACUACGGUUCUGGAAAUACGUGUUGGCUCACCCAGCAGAUGCUCCUUAUUGUCUUUGUGCCGACUGUGGGCAUCCUGAUUAUCCUGAACACUGUGGUUCUGAUCAUUGUGCUGAAAGUGAUGAUGACAUCACUCACUGCCAAGGAGAAGAGCAAGGAAAAUGAUACUUCACAAAUCAAGACCGGUCUGAAGGCUGCCCUGGUCUUGCUUCCUCUGCUGGGACUGACCUGGGUCUUUGGGUUCAUGUCCGUCAACGAACACACCUUGGUCUUCACCUAUCUGUUUGCCAUCUGCAAUUCCCUGCAGGGCCUGUUUUUCUUCAUCGCUCACUGUGUGAUGAAUAUUGAGGUAAAGAAAGCCUAUGAGCGUCGCUAUGGUCGCAAGAAGGGAUUACACUCUCUGACAACCAGCUCCACGGCCCCUGUAUCCAGUCGUAGCCAAGCAUCCUCCCGCAAGCACAGUGAUGUCUCCACCACUGAGCUGAUCAAACGCAACCCGGCAGUCAGUACGGUCUCAGGAGGAGGUUUUGACAACCCUGUCAUGAAGGACACAAGCCUGACCAAAGACCCUGCUAAAUCCAAGGACAACUCCAUGAACAACACAAGUGACACCAAGAAAACGACCUUGGAUUCUGUGAAAGUGAAUGACAUACAGUGUCUCGUCAAGAACAAUGACAAGGUGAACGAUGAGGAGAAAGGCCUGGUGGAGGGAGCCAAGGUUGCCAUGGAGACCAUCGUGUCAAAGGAUACUAAUUUGAAGAUGGAUGGCAGCAACAUAGCUUAAUUUAAGGGUGGUUGGAGUCUCAAGAAUUCACCCGGUUUGACAUCCUAUCAACCAAAUCAAAACACCAUAACCAAAGUAACAAAUAUCAAUUGAUAAAACAUACUCUUUAUAGUGGGUUUGCGCAGAACUCAAAAUUGUGGUUUUUCUACAAGCCUUUAACAGGACACAGAAUUUGGAUGUGUGGUCCUAAGUUAAAGUGACCAAAAUAGAGAGCCCUAUUUUUGAAAUCGAAUCAAUAAAGUGCCAAGUCAGUGGUAAUUACCUUGUUGACCAUAGUGAAUCUUUGCAAAAAGUUUAAAUUGCUGAUUUUCAUGAAUUGCUAGGGAGCUGCAAGUUUGCUGAAACGAUUUGAAAUCAUUGAUUUGGAUCACUGUGCAGAUAACAAUAAUCCGUACAUCACUUGGCUCUUAUCUGCACUAAAACUAUCCCCAAAUACCGCUGACUGUUUUUGUUCAAUGCAGUGGAGUUCCUCACCAGAUAUCAUGACAAUAACCUUUCAUCAGCAUUGUUAAUCAAACAAGCAAAAGAACCACAUUGGAAAUAUGACUUGAACUCCUUUUUAUGAAUUUUAGUUUGAUCAAAGAAAAAUUUCGUACUGAAAGGGCUCUCCAAUUGGUGGAGGAAAAUUCAUUUUAAUGGAUUUUUUUCAAUAUCAUAGAACGUAUGGUCUGCUUUUUAAGCUGCGUCAGCUAUAUUUUUCCAGCUAAUUAAAUACUGAGCUGUCGGUGGAAAUAACCUGAUACUUGAAAAUAGCUUGUAGAGAAGGGCUUAUGGUGCAUCAUUCAAGGUUUCAAUGACUUUGCUUCUGUUAGCCGGACAUUGCUUCACUUUAAUUUUGACCCAAAGCACAAAAACAGCAAAAUUCUAAUAUUGGGGCUUAAUAUUAAAUACGUUAUUAGACUUUGUGAAGAUACUCUGUCAAGCAGUGUUUAAUCCGUCAUAACUCAAACACACUGAAAAUAAAAAUGAAAAUUGGACUUAGAUAUUGAAAACUGAAUUGUGUAUUUAGAAUCUGCAAAGAAAAACAUAUAAAUUAAUAUAUGUAUAUUUGAUUUAAAUCAAUUAUUUAUUGUGAUUUUGUUACCACUCAAAUAAGAAGAGGGGAAAAUGUGUAAUGUUAGCAAUAUGGAUAUCAUAGAGUUCUAAUAUUCAUGUAUACUAUGUAUGAUUCAUUUAGAGGUAUCAUGAACAUAAGCACAAAGAGUAUAGAUUAAGAAUAACUCAAGUGUUGGAACUUUCUUCAAACUCAAAGUGCUUUGGCAGUUUACUGGAAUGUGCCUUGAAUUAUCCUAGAGUACUGGUUUUUUGAACGUACCUAGUUCCCUUAGUUUCUAUUAAGAAAGCGCACCUAGUUUGAAUGUUCCUCGUCAUACCCUGUGUAUAUUUUCCCGUUUUAGCCUUUACCCUUGUACCAUUCAUAAAUCAUCAAAAUGGAAGUUUUUUUGCAUUUGACCCUUAUUCAAUCCGUCCAUCAUAUUGUUUAACUCUGUAAGACUCACUUUUGAAAUCAAAUGUUAGGUCUCCUGCACAGACGGUUGCAUAUUCCACCUCUGAAAAUACAAUUUAUUUGUCAACUUGUUAAUUAAAAAAAUUUUGGAUUUGCACACUUUUCAGGUAGCAGAGUUGGAUUAUUGAAAAGAACAGCAGUGUGAAUAGACCGUUAAAUAAUAAUUCUGAGUUAAGUUGUAAUUAAUUAUUCUAAUUAACAGCUACAUAUACUUAAAAGGCAUCAGAUGCACUCGAGGAAAUACACACAAAAAAAGUAACUACCAAUACGACUGUUCAUCAUAUUACAAUUUCCAAUUGUGCCCAGUUUAAGCUAUUUAGUGCUUUUAUCAAUUUGUCUGAAGUAAAGUUAGUAUGAAAUGUGCAUCAUUUAGCAAUAAUUCGUUCUUUAUUUCCUAGGUAUUUUGUUGAUAUCUGACUGACUGUUGGCCUAUAACGUCAUUCCAAAUAUCAUAUGUUUAUUUCGAGAAGUCUACUUGAAAUUCGUGCAGUUUAGGGUGAGCAAAGACGAUAUCUCUAUUCACACUUCAUGUUGAAUAAGAAAGGAAGGAAUUUUCCUUCAAAAUUAAGUUCUGUAAGCAUUUCAUCAUAGAUGCAAUUAGAAGAGAAUCAGUUCUUCUGUAGGCUAGGCCCUGUAGGUUGCGUGAAAGCAAGCAUGACUUAUAUGGGCUUAGGCAUAAUAGGUAGGCCCCCUUUGUCUCAUCUGUGGAGAGCACCAUAUGAAAAAAUAAAAAUUAAUGUCAAAUC